AUGUCGACUUCUAAACAACAAUCACAUUCAAUAAUAAAACGGUCAAACCAAUUCCGCAUUCAUUUCGAUGAUCAUCCUUCCUUUUGCUUAUCGAACAUUAUUAUAGCAUGUAAAUUUAUUGUUCUUAUUGGUUUACUAAUCACAUUUUUCUCUGGCCAUUGGGCAAUAGAUCCUAUAUCACCAGAUCUUUAUGCAGGCUUUAGAGAACGAUGUUCUGUACAUGCAUGCACAUUACAGAAUAUUGAUCCAAUACGUUUAAUUGAAAUUACUUGUUUUCUAUCUGUCAUCAGUUUCAAUGGUGAACUUAUUAAUGUUGUUUUGCUUUAUUCUUAUGUUGAUAAAGCAACAAGUAUAAAAAUAAUAUUGGAAAUGCUAUGCUUUUUUUUAACCUUUAUACUAACUGAUUGUUUAAUUAUAUCUGGUAUAUGGGUAUCGGUAUAUGCUAAUGGAUUACCAAUGGGCUAUGCUUAUAGUUGUUUUAAUAUUUCUAUUUGUUUUAGUAUUAUCGAUGGAAUAUGCUCAUUACGACGACUUAUAAGUAACUGGCCUGAAAAUGAACUUUUAUUAUAUAAUCAUUCUGCAGAUCAAGUCGUCUAUAUAGAUUGUUCCAGUACAGAGUCAAGACAACGUUCGAUGUCAUCAUCAAAUUCGAUUACAUAAUUAGCAUUGACAAGUAAUGAUUGGAUUGUUGAAAAAGUAAAAGUAAUACCAAUUGAUGAUGGACAAUUGAAAAAUAGACAUAAACAUCUAUCUUAUAUGAUUUAUCGACAAAAUUCCAAUGAAACUUCAACAUCAUUUAUUCUCGAUCUUAAAUUAAAUAAAAAAUUUAAUCGACAUAUUCAUAUUGAAUAUGAUAAUAUUGAAAUUAAGACUCAAACAUCAGGCUGUUUAUUUUAUAAAGGAUCAGUACGACAUUGGGGAGAAUCAAAUUCUAUGAUUGCUAUUUCUAUUUGUCGUAGUUUAACGGGUUUAAUUCACCAUACACAAGAUGGUAUUGAUUAUUUUUUAGAACCAAUUAUUGAUGAUGACGAACAAUCAUAUAUUCUUACUUAUCAACGUAAAAUUCUUUCAAAUCAACAUCAUAUUUGGUCAUGUGAGGUUAAUUCAUCAAGAAAUACAAAUUAUAGGAUUAAGAAAACGAAUCGAAAACGUCGUUCAGUUAUUCGUGAACGUUUUAUUGAAACAUUACUUGUUGCUGAUGCAAGUGUUACUGAAUUUUUUUCUCAUUCACAUAUUACAGAAUUAUAUUUACUUACAAUGAUGAAUAUGGUUAAUAAUAUAUAUGCACAUGUUAGUCUUGGUUAUCCUGUUGAAAUUGUUCUUACACGAAUAAUAAUGCUUAGUAAUCAAUCUGAUUUUCAAAUGGAAUCUAAAUCACAUGAAACAUUAAAUAAAUUUUGUGAAUGGCAGGAACAAUUAAAAAAAGCAAAUAAAAAAAAUCGAACUAUUCAUCAUGAUGUUGGAGUUUUUCUUACACGAAGAUCAUUAUGUCAUGAAAAUUCAACUUGUUCAACAAUUGGUCUUGCUCAUAUGGCUGGCAUGUGUAUGAUCAAUCGAAGUUGUAAUAUAAAUCAAGAUCUUGGUCUUAUUUCAGCUUUUACUAUUGCACAUGAAAUAGGACAUAAUCUUGGAAUGAGUCAUGAUGAUAAGAAAGAUCAUUGUAUGUUGAAUUCAGGUGUAUCAAAUAGUGAUACAAUAAUGGUUCCAAGUUAUUCUAGAGUACCAAUACAUAUGUGGUCGAAAUGUAGUCGUGAUAAUCUCACAGAUUAUUUCGAUCAAGGUUGGGCAAAAUGUCUUAAUAAUAAACCAACAAUUAGUCAACCAUUUGAUAAUAUAUUACCUGGUAUUAUAUUUGAUCUUGAUGAACAAUGUCGUCUUGCUCUGGGACCACAUUCGACUUAUUGUUUUCUUGGAGAUGAACCACCUAUUGAUGUAUGUCAUCAAAUCAUGUGUACAAAAAUACAUGAAAAUCGAUCGGUAUGUGUAUCAUCAAUGACUAAUCAACCAGCUGAUGGAACUUUAUGUGGUCCGAAUAAAUGGUGUUUAUAUGGUCGAUGUACGCCGAUGAAUUAUCGAGAAGAAACUCCACCAAUAAAUGGUGGUUGGAGUCCAUGGACACCUUGGAGUUCAUGUUCCCAUACGUGUGGUUUAGGUGUUGAAUAUCAACAAAGAACAUGUACAAAUCCAAAGUAAGAAAUAACUAAAAAC